AUGGCGGAGGAGGGAUCGGCGCUGGGGUUGGCUGGGGGUUUGCUCAAGGCUGCGGCCUUUGCUGGUCGAGCGCAUGGAAAGCAGACACGGAAAGGGGAUGGAACGCCCUAUGUCAACCACCCUAUUCAGGUGGCCGAGUUUUUGACCGAGAUUGCCGGCAUCACCGACUUGGCCAUUCUGCAAGCCGCUCUUCUGCAUGACGUCGUCGAGGAUACCAGUGUGACCUUGGCUGACAUUCGUGCUGCCUUCGGUGAUCAAGUGGCCGGCUAUGUUCAAGAGGUCUCGGACGACAAGAGCUGUACUCGUCAUGAACGCAAGGCAGCUGAGAUUGAACAUGCUCGCACGGCCUCUCGUGGUGCCAAACUCAUCAAGUUGGCAGACAAGCUCCAUAACCUGCGCUCCGUGCAAGGCACGCCGCCCGCCAGCUGGGAUCAACACCGCGCCCAUGCCUACUUUGGCUUUGCUUCGGAAAUCCUCGAGGCGUGUCGUGGCACCAACGCUGCACUUGAGGCCGCCUUUGAGCAUGAGUUGUCCCAGGAUAUCUCGGUGCAAGGAUCCGCCCCGAGCCCCGGGCUCCGCUCCGACUACGUGGCUGGUGAUUGGCGCAAACAUACGCCAGACGCUUGA